AAGCAUCCGAACAGUAAAACACUGCAACACCUAUUGUCAUCGUAAAAAAGAUGGCGGCUGGCUGAAUGUUAUUUUCUCUGCAGUAUUACAGUAAAGUACGCAUUUCGAGAACAAAUUUCAGGUAAUAGACAUGGAUGUCCUUGAAGUUGCUGCUUAUUCAGCACAUCUGCUGGAACAGAUGAAUACUUUACGUCAAGAAAAAAUGUUUUGCGAUGUCACAAUUGCAUGUCAGAACAGCACAAUGGCAGUCCAUAGACUUGUCCUACAAGCUGCUAGCCCAUACUUUGACCAGCGUAUAAAGAAAUCUGAAAACGGAGAAUGCCAUAUUGAUUUGUGUCAUCUUGACGAGAGUUUGUUACAGACAGUCAUAGAAUUUCUAUACUCUAGUAAGUUAAAGGUAUGUAAAGAUACAGUAGAAAAUAUUAUGGAAAUAUGUGAUGAAUUGCAUCUUCAGGCUGCAGUGGACGCAUGCAAUUUUUACAUAGAGUUUGGAAAUCAGAGACGUAAAGACAUUGAUGUACAAACUGAUACAAUCAUAAAUGAAACAAUGCAAGAUGUGAUAAAUGAAACGCCUGUAAGGAAAAAACGUAAGACAGCUUCUAAACAAGCAGACAGUUUAGCUGAUCACCCAAUAAAAGCAAAGAAAACAGAAACUGCUAAACCUCAAAGAACCAGAAAAGCUUACAAACCAAGACAAAGAAAAGCACUACCAAAGAAAGAAGUAAAUACUAAGAAAGCAAAAGCGGCUGAGAUUGUCAGAGACGAACCUAACCCUGUGAAGUCGGAGGGAAAUGGAAAGAAAACUGACAUGGAUACUGAAGUGUCUGCAGUUGAUAAUGAAACUGUUGUAAAGAUAGAAAGAGAUGAUUCUGAGUCGGAAAAAGUGCAGAAAGAAAUCAUUGAAGAUGAAAAUGAUGAAGAUGAUAUAGAAGAUGAUAGUGACACUGAUGAUUAUGAUAGUAACAUUGUUGAGGAUAAUCCAGAUGCUGACGCUGCAGAUGAAAAAAUAAAGAGAAUAGAUAAAGAUGGAAGGGUACUAAAGAAAAGAGGAAGAAAGAAAAAAGAGGGAAUAACAGAAGGAAAACCAAAGAAGAGAAGGAGAAGAAAACCGUUUCCUUGUUCAAUGUGUUCGAAGACGUUAACUAGCAAGAAACGACAAAUUUUUCACGAGUAUAGCAAGCAUGGAACACCAAUAGAUUUCAAGAAUAUAACAUUCACUGUUAGCCCAUGUGAGGUUCAGGGCUGUAACUAUGUAGCUGCUAAUCCACACAAUCUGGACAUGCAUAUGAAAAGUCGCCAUGGUAACGCACGUCCCCAUAUCUGUGAAUUUUGCGGUAAAGCUUUUAAGUUACCCAACAUUCUUGCAACACAUCUGAACAUUCAUACGGGCUCAAAGUCAUGGAAAUGUGAUCACUGUGGGGAAAGCUUUAACCAGCAAAGCGGGCUUCAGGUUCAUGUAAAGCGUUACCACAUGGGAGAGUCAUCGUGGACAGAGAUGUGUCACAUGUGUUCAGAGAAAUUCCUACAGAAGGCUGAUCUCGCCUGGCAUUUGUUUAAGGUUCAUGGACAGCAACUGCCUGAUAACUAUAAAAUGUACGUAUGUGAUAUUUGUGGGUUCAGUACUAUGAAGUCCCAACAGCUAAAACAGCACAGGGAACGCCACGAUGGGAUAAAGAAUUUCAUCUGUCCGAUAUGUUCGAAAGGCUGCAGUACGAAGAGUGAAUUAAGGAGACAUAUUAGUUUUCACGGAGAGAAGAAAUACAAGUGUACAUUUGAAGGUUGUGCCUACGCGUGUACAGAUACAAUAGGUCUAGAUAAACAUAUCAAACUUAUGCAUACACAUAAGGAUUUCAAGCCAUAUGCCUGCCCUGUAUGUCAGUACAGGACUGGAGUGAAGGGGAACGUUGACAAACAUAUACGUACUGUACACGACCUUGUUGUGGUCACCAAACAUACUGUCAAUUUAAAAAUGAAAUAUUCGAACUUCGACUCAGGCGAUGUUAUCACCAAAGAUGGUCGACUUGUUGCAACGGCAAAGGAGAGGAAAGCGCUCCAGCAAGUUCCGACAAUUGACAAAGAAAUAGGUCAGGAAGCAGAUAUGUCAUCAAACGCAAAUAAUCUGACAUAUGCAGACUACAAAGUGAAAGAAUCAGCCGAUAACACGUAUUCCAAUAUAAAAAAGUCAAAGCGACACAAAGGAUAUCGUGUUGAUACAACCAACCUUCCGGACUCAGAUUUAAGUAAACACACAAUUCCAACUGUAGUUAGUGAUCAGACAGAUACGUCUAAAAUGGAGACAAUUAUUCAUGAUUUACCUCCCCUGUCGAAUUAUGUAUAUAUUCAUGGAGAUAUUACCGCUGCCCAAGACCUACGACUUUCAGGGAUUAAUCCAGCGGACACAACUUCUCUGUAUAAUAUAGGAAGUGCAGAAAUGUUUAAUAUGCAGAAUAAAUACUAAUCAGAGAUCUGCUAUUAGGCAGAAAUCCAAUAGUAAUCAUUCAGCCUGUCUGUUUGGGUCCAAACGCUUUCUUGUCUGGGCUUGAACCGAUGCUCUAACAUAGCUCAAGUACUUUUACAAUAUCGCACUGUGUGCUGCAUAUAAUCCAUUGCCUUAUCUUCACCAGCUGUGCAGUGAACAGUGUUUUGAGUUUGUGAGGUCCUCUUAGUAUUAGUAUAUUUUUGGUUAUUUAUAUGAUAGGCUAUGAUACUAUAUUUGGACUACUAUAUUUGGACGAUAAAGUAAUGGUAGUGUAUAAAAGUCACUUGUUGAAUAAGCAUAUCUUCAUAGAAUCCAAUUUACACUAUAAUUUAGAUGUUUAUCUUGUAUUUGGGUUAAAAAUGAAAAUUGUGUUAAAUAUAAAUAUAACACAGAUGCAUUGCCAUCAGAUACAAUGAGAACUACUGUGUUUUUCUUUUAUCUGUUAACAUGAUUAAGGAAAAAAGAUGCAAUUAUCCUCUCAAUAGGGGAUAUAGUUUGACUGGUAUAUAUCCUAUCUGCUUGUCCAAUAUGUGUUUCAGAUGGGUACUCCUCCAAAUAUAUUGCCAUAGUGUACUGCUCAAUGUUAACCUUAUAGUAUUAGACUAAGUGUAAAAUUACAGAUGCAUGCAUACUAGCAUCAAGUACAUUGUAGCAGAGAAUCUGCAUUAAACUUUUUUAGGGAGAAAAAUUGCCUGUAUUAUAUAUUACCAAAGUUUUGUUGACUGGGUACUCUGUCCAAUUGAACUGACAUGCAGGAUGUGUGUUUUGUUAGAGAAUUCAUUCAUUCACCAGCAGAAUGUUAAUAAAAUACAUUCUUUUGGAAUAGAAUUUUUGGACUUUUGAGAGGGGAGUUAAUUUUCAAAAAUUCUCUUUAAUUAUUAUAAGAUAUAGUCCACCCUGUAGUAAGCAGUCAGUCAUAAGAGGGUCAUAAUCUGGCUUCUGAAGACAAGUACCGCUUAAGGUAGGUGGUUGCUUAAGUGUGAGAGAAGUUUAAUUUAGAACAAAAUAAAAUAUGAUCAGGAAAGUUAGCCGAGAGGCUGCUAAAUACUGGUGGCCACUAAGGAAGGUUCAUCUGUAGGAUAUAUUGGCUAUUUUGCUUAAAAAAGUUAAAUGUAAGCUCCUGUGUAUUAAAGCUAUUAUAAAGAACAUUAUUUCGGUGUCAUCAUCAGCUUUGCUCUACCUUAUUUACAUUAUGAAAAAGUUUGCUUGGUGACAAAAAUCAAUUUUGCUCAAAGUAUACUUGCCUUUAAAAUAAAAUAUGUAACUUCAGUUUUUUAUUUUCAUUUGAAGUAUUUAUUUGUACACAGUUGUUGUUGAUUAUAUAUUUUUAAUUUGUUAGUUCACUGAAAAUGAUACUUGAUGAAUUUUAAGGGACUGUUCUGUGAAGUUAAAUUUUUGUUAAUUUGAUCAUGGUGGAAACCCUCUAUUGCCAGAAAUUUUAUAAUGUAAAUAAUGAAAAACUGUGUGAUCAAGGCAGUUUGACGCAAAACUGGCUUGAAAUACACUCUUGUUUAUACAACUAGUCUUUACUGUAUUUGUCAAAGUAUAAAAUUGUGAUAUGAAAAAAGGAAAAAAGAACUUUAGUGGUAUAGUAAAACACAAAUCGCUCAAGGUGCAAGGAGAUAAGCAAAAUGCUUGAGUUAUCCAGGGUUUCAAGGGAUCCAGACAUUGAAACUAUAAGUAAAACUUCUGGAGACCACAUGAAUUGCUCGAGUCAGCCCACAUGCACCAGUGAAUGAUGAUUUACUCUAAAGCAAGCAUGAUGAAUAUCUUUAUUUGAGUUUUUUUGUACUUGUGUGUUCAUAGAAUAUAUUUUGCAUUAAUCUAGAGACAAGUCAUUUAAAUUUUCAGAUCAGUUUAACUGUUAUAAGAAACAAAACACAGUAAAACAGCCUUUCCAUUUCAGUGUUGUACUUGUAAAUGUGAAAAGGGCAAUAAUGACUUUGGUCACAAUUUUACUGCCAGUUUUUGUUGUGUAUUAACUAAAUUAUUGUCUUUUUAGCCCACCAUCAUCAGAUGGUGGGCUAUUCAAAUCACUCUGCAUCCGUGGUCCGUCGUCCUUCCGUCCGUCAGUUGACAAUAUCUCGUUAACGCAUCUCCUCAGAAACUACUAGGGGGAUUUUGACCAAACUUUGUCAGAAAGAUGUAUUGCUACCCUAGUUAUGUCCCCCUGAAAAUCAGACUGGUUCAACAAUUUUUGAGUGAGUUAUGGCCCUUUUUAUAAUUUAUAUAGAUUUAUAUAGGGAAAAACUUUGAAAAUCUUCUUGUCCAAAACCACAGGGCCUAGGGCUUUGAUAUUUGGUAUGUAGCAUCAUCUAGUGGUCCUCUACCAAGAUUAUUCAAAUUAUUUCCCUGGGGUCAAAUAUGGCCCCGCCCCGGGGGUCACAUGGUUUAACCAGAUUUAUAUAUGGAAAAACUUUAAAAAACCUCUUGUCCAAAACCACAGGGCCUAAGGCUUUGAUAUUUUGUAUGUGACAUCAUCUAGUUGUCCUCAACUAAGAUUGUUCAAAUUAUUCCCCAAGGGUCAAAUAUGGCCCCGCCCUCGGGGUCACAUGGUUUACAUAGACUUAUAUAGGGAAAAACUUUGAAAAUCUUCUUGUCCAAACCACAAAGCCUAGGGCUUUGAUAUUUGUAAUGUAACAUCAUCUAGUGGUUCUCUACCAAAUUUAUUCAAAUUAUCCCCCUAGGGUCAAAUAUGGCCCCACCCCGGGGGUCACAUAGUUCAUAUAGACUUAUAUAGGGAAAAACUUUUAAAAUCUUCUUGUCCAUAACCUACAAUGUACAACAUUCAAAUUUGGACCACAUGUAUAGUUUUGAGUGGCAAGAUGAACCUUGACAUGAGUUGACCUUGAUCUUGACCUAGUGACCUACUUUCACAUUUCUGUAGCUACAGCCUUCAAAUUUGGACCACAUGCAUAGGUUUGUGUACUGAAACAAACUUUGACCUUGACAUUGACCUAGUGACCUACUUCCACAUUUUUGAAGGUACAGGCUUCAAAUUUGGACCACAUGCAUAGUUUUGUGUUAUGAAAUGAAAUUUGACCUUGAUUUUGACCUAGUGACCUACUUUUACAUUUCUCAAGCUACAGCCUUCAGAUUUGGACCACAUGCAUAGUUUUGUGUACCGAAAUUAACUUUGAUCUUGAGAUUGACCUAGUGACCUACUUUCACAUUUCUCAAGCUACAGCCUCCAAAUUUGAAGCACAUGAAUAGUUUUUGUACCGAAAUGAACGUUGACCUUGAAAUUGAUCUAGUGACCUACUUUCACAUUUCUCAAGCUUACAGCUGUCAAAUUUGGACCACAUGCAUGGACCACAUGCACAGUGUUGUGUACCGAAAUGAAAUUUGACCUUGAUUUUGACCUUUAGCUAGUUUUGAAAUUUUGAACAUUCAAAAAUGGCUCAAUGGUGAUCUCUUGUUAUUUCUUAUUUUUGGUAGUAGUUAUCUCGUAUAUAUUGUUGACAAAUUUGAUUAUGGUAGUAGAAAGUAUUAUUGAAUUCAUUCUUUUAUAUUACCUCCCUUUAUGGCUUGAACAGAAUAUGUUCAUUUGCAAUGUUGAAAGUAGCACUUUUCUAGCUGUACAAUUCUGCAUAUUCUCCUUCAACUAUUUUUAACAUAAAAUGUAAAGCAGAAUGGAACUUUGAACACUAUGAUUUGUUUUACCGGCAUUGGUAGCUUGAAAAUGUGAUUUGCAUUAAAUAAAUUUAUGAUUUGAUCUACACUACAAUAGAAUUGGCAAAUAUUUCUGAUGCAUGCCAAGUUACAGAUAUUACAUAAUAUUUUGAUACAUUCUGUAUUUUGAAUAGAAUUCCUUUAAAAAUUAUUAUCAUUCAUAUGAACUUUACGUGCCAUUUCAAAACUUCUGCUGGACAGAAAGAAAUAGUUUUUGAUACAAUUCAUUUUCUUUUUUAAGUAGAAUAUAUAAAACGGUAUAAGGUAUAUACAAAACUGUAUGUUCAAGGGUAAAGUUUUUUGUUUAAAGAUCGGUGUUGGAAUAUAAACUGUUGGUGUAACGGAGAUGUGGAAGUUUCAAAAUGUGUAUAUGUUCAUGAAAAUGUAUAUGACCUCAGUAUUAGUAACUGGAGGCUGCUAAGAAUUAAAUGCUAUUGCUUACUGCUUGUAAAUCUGUAUUUUUCAAACUCCUAUUUUACAAGUUCAUUUUGAGUGUAUGCAGCAAAAUUGCAUGAAUAUUGCAAUGUUCUUGAAAAUUUACACCUUUAUAUGAACUUGUUGAAAUAGUGACUGAAAUCCUUCACAUUUAUGUACUUUUACAGUACACAUCUCAACUUUGUACUGUUAGAAAGGUGUGUUUUAUUGACCCUGUUCUUGUUAAAGAGGUUCUACAUUUUAUUGUUCUGGUUUUCAGGUGUUAUAAAAAACAUUCAGCUUCCUUUUAUUUUUAGCUCACCUGUCACAGGUUGAGCUUUUGUGAUUGCCCGUGGUCCGUCCGUCUGUCAUCCGUCCGCAAUUUCUUGUGAAGACAAUAGAGACCACAUUUUGCAACCGAUUUUAAUCAAACUUGCACAUAACUUGUAUUGGCGUAAUAUCUCAGUUCCUUUCGAAAACUGACCAGAUCCCUUCACGGGUUCCAGAGUUAUGGCCCUUAAAGGGCCAAAAAAAUUUAUUUUGGCUUUUGCAGCCAUAUAGAGACUUUAUUAUGGUUUGAUUUGAUACAAACUUGCAAAAUAUCUUUAACAACAAUAGAUCUUGGAUUCCAUGAUGAAUCCAUCAGAUCCAAUCAUAGGUUACGGCCCCUGAAAAGGCCAAAAUUUGUUAAUUUUUACCUUGUGAACACGAUAGAAGUGACAUUUUACAUUUGAUUUUAACCAUACUUACACUCAACUGAACUCUGAGUAAGAUCUUGGUUCCUUUCAAAAACUGGCUAGAUUCCAUCACAGAUUCUAGAUUUACUGCCCCUGAAAGAGGCAAAGUUUUCUAUUCUGGCCAUUUCAGCCAUAUUGAGGUUUCAUUUAUGGUUUGAUUUGAUACAGACUUGCACAAAAUGUUUAUCUUGAUGAUCUUUAGGCCAAGUUUGAAACUGGGUCAUCUUGAUGAUUCCAAGGCCAAGUUUAACAGGUGAGCGAUAUAGGGUCAUCAUGACCCUCUUGUUUUAAAAUUAAUUUAAACUUGUAUGAUUUUAAUCUUUUUACAUUUUAUGUUUUAGAAAUGGUAUACAUUGUUGCUUUAAAAUUUAUUUUUUGUCAGCUGCUUUUGAAAAAUGAUAAUGUUUAAGUGAAUGAAAUGUUACAAAUAACUGAAUUUGUUAGUUAUUUACAAUAUUCAGUAUGCAAAUGAAUAUAAAAAGAUCGUAACUUUUGA